UUUAUCAUGAGAAAUGAUAAAAGCCAAUUUGAUAAAUCCACGAAAAUAAAUUUACUUUAGUUUUGCAUAGGUAGCCUCUUACUACAAUUGUUCUAUUUAUCGAGGUUUUUGAAAUAAUUGAAAGUGUUUAUUAUAACAGUGACAUUGAGUAUAGUGAAAUCAAUGGGGAAAUUAUGGUCAUGACAGUGUAAUUAAAUUUUUAUCCUCAUUUAUCAAGAUUAGUUAAACUUCCUUCUUCGUGAUCACAAACUAUAUCUAUCCUUGGAUUGAGAUAAGCGGUAUCUAAUGAAUUAAGAUUUUCAAAUAUUCGAACAAGAAGAUCUAGGUUAUUAAAGAUUAAACUCUCGGAUAUUUGGACCACUCAUUUUGCAGGAACAUUUGAAAAUACGAGUAAGAUAACGAUAACGAUAAUAUUUAUACAUUUAAUUAAAAACAUUAAUCAAAAACGUAAACGAAUAAAAAAUAAUAAGAGUAAAAGAAAAAUCCAAGAUGAGGGUAAGAAAAAAGGCGGACUUGCGUUUAGACAUACCUUACUACCCUCACGAUUAUGUAGAAAUGCCCCCAGAAACGCGAAGGCUCAUACACGAAGCCAAUCGAACUCCAAACGACAUACAAUUCAUCGACGACAAUGAAGUCGAUAUACCAAGAGUUCAAUUCGAAGUCGGUAGUCCGACUUACGAUAUUGAAAAUGGAUUUCGAUCAACGACUCCGGAAAUUAAAAUUUCAAGUGCAGAGAAAGAGAAAAGUGAUGAAAAAGAUGGGGAAGAAGCUAAAGAACGAAAAGCUUUAGAUUCCCAUGAUUGCGAUAGUCCUAUAAUGUACAGAAGAGAUGUUAACUCAGCCAAUACUGUGAAAUUCAAUUCGAAAACCAAAACAGCACUUGAAAUUAAACCGGAUUCCAACGGAAAUAUCCCGGAGCACCACCAGAGCUCAGCCUCCGUGUACAGCGACACCGACAAUGCUGCCGACGACGUCAACGUACUCUCCGACGACGAGCGCACCAAAGUGCCCCUCAGAUCUCCGCGAAGGAAGUCCACCGCGCCGCGACGGUUCAGGUCGGAGUUCAGCAUGGACGACGAUGAGUACUCGCCCAGCAACUCUGUCACCAGCGUCAACUCGCUGGCCAGCCUGCUCAAGGAGAAACUACAGAGUAUACCGCACAAGAUUAGGAAGAAACCAACGGACUACAAGCUGAGAGCGUUUGUCGGCCUCAUGUUCCUGGCAGUUGCCUUCUUCGUCGGCUUCGCAUACGUGCUGUACCACCAGCAGGCGCUCACUAAGGCAUACUUUCAGAGAGUUCAGUUCAACGAACCCAAACGACUCAUCAGAGUUUUUAACAAAGACGAUGUGGAGAUCUUAAAAGCUACUUUAGCGGUCGGUAUUCAAGGAGGCAAAAAGGCAUUCCCCUGUCUAGCGGAACACCGUCUCAAAGAUGGAUCAGAGUGUAUGGAGUGGCUACACAACCUGCGGCUCUAUCUCAAAUGUCUGCCUCACGACCCUGGAGUUGAUAACACCACCUGCUACUCGGUGCAUUGGAAAGCCCUACGACAUGACGUUUCACCAAACGAUUGUUUCGACUGGAGCGACACCAAAGUUCAUUGGUUCGGUGCCGGACAGUCCAUUAAUCUCACUUGGCCUCUCGACACAGGAUCCAUAGACUAUACACCGUUCAUCACUGGAGACAUGCAGAAAUCCCAAUGGGGUAACGUUGUGACGCGAUACCUAAUAAACUCUAAAGGAGCCGCCAUUAUCGUUGACGAAGAAACGCCACUGCAUAUAUCUGUUAAUAGAGAAAAUAAAGAAAUUUGUUUGAAGGCUAAAUAUGAUGAUUUCGCUUUUGCUAAUAAACUGACAGAGUUCCCUGAAAUGAGGUACAAUAUUUGCACCUCUAGAGAUAUUAGGUCAUUGCAUUCUUCCAUUCAUAGUCACAGACGAGCACCACUUUGGGAUGGCUUAAAACCAGAUGACAUGAGAACGUUAGAAUCUCUUAUAUCUGAGCCUGUAUGGCAAAUAGCUCCACGUUUCAAACACGAACUGCAAGAUGCGACGAUAUCCAAAUACACAGAUGACGUUAUCAAUCUCGGCUUCCUAAAACAAGGGCAUGUAUUAAUCAAUGAGUUUUGGCAAAAUGAAAUUGGUGAUCUGAGUGUAGACACAGUGAGAUUCGCAACACUAAAUGAAACUGUAGAUAAAUUACAUAGACGAGGUUUCAAAGUAGCUUUUACAAUACAACCGUUCAUUAGUACAGAAAGUAAAAACUUUGCUGAAACAGUUCAAAAGAGGCUAUUAAUCAACGAGAGAAACAGUGACAGAAGAAUCCCAGCGUUAACCAGGUUUAAAUCACUAGCGAGCGCUGGAGUUCUGGAUAUCACAAACAAUAGAUCAGUUCCCUGGAUCUUAGAAAAACUACAAGCAGUAAUGGACAAGUAUUAUAUAGAUUCAUUUUAUUUCGAUCUCGGCACGGCGUAUGACAUGCCACACUACUAUAGAUGUGAGAAACUUUUAAUUAAUCCUGAUCAAUACAAGACUGUGUUCACAAAAACUUUUGAGAAAACCCUCAACAUAAUUGGAGUGUCGUCUGCUGUCAGUUUGCCUCGACCUCCCAUAUUUGUAUCCUUACCGCCUUUUGAAUCCACUUGGGAGGCUUUAAGAUUAGUUAUACCCACAAUGUUGACGUACGGGAUAAGUGGAUUCCCAUUCACUAUGCCGGGGGCUGUGGGAGGAGAUAUUUAUUGGCCUGGUAGCGAACAGUUCUUGCCUUCAUCGAAAGGUUCGAUGGAUACCAAUUCUAAUAAUACAACGCAAGAGAACGGCAUCGAAUUACCGGAGCGAGAACUCUACAUGCGAUGGCUGCAGAUGGCUACAUUCCUGCCAGUGAUGAAGUUCACUCAUCUUCCGAGUAAAUACAAUGACGAAAGGGUGCUAGAGAUGGCUAAAAACUUGACUCUGUUAAGACAGAAACUCGUCACGCCAUUACUACUGAAGUACAAACGGGAGGCGCUGGAGGAAGGGCUGCCACUCAUCAGGCCGCUGUGGCUGGUGGCGGAUGUGGACGUGGCGCUGCCGGUUCAGGACGAGUUCGCCAUCGGGGACGAGAUCGUGGUCGCGCCCGUCCUGCAUAAAGGAGAUACUACUAGGGAAGUGUAUCUCCCGGCCGGACUGUGGCAGGACGGCAUCGACGGCUCGCUUCGCAAGGGUAACCGCUGGAUGCACGAGUACAAGGUGCCGGUGGACAGAGUCGCCUACUUCCUGAGGAAACCUGACGACUUGAGAUUCAAAUAACACAUGAAGCUUUCACUCGGGUAAUAAAGUAUUCUGACGCAAAGACAAGAAUCAUAUAGCUAUCAAAGAACUUUAUCUAAUAGUAGGUAUAGCACUAUUAGAUAAAAAGGGAAAAGAGAGUGGAGCAUUACGGAAAACUUAGUUCAUAUUCGUUACUCAGUUUGUUUAUAAGUAAUUUUCAAAUGACAGAGAACUAGAAACUGUAAAGAGAAGUUCUAGUACCUAUAAUGUUCGAACAGAAAUAUAUGGUUGCGGCUUAAAACAUUAGCACUCGAGACUUAUAAUAUGACUCAGGUGGUAGACCGUUAUCUCUACAAGUUAACCCUUGACUACAAUCUCACCUCAAAUGAUGAUGGAAUCUAAGAUGGAAGCGGCUAGCUUUUAAGGAGUAAGGUGAAAAUCCACACCCCUUUCGAUUUCUACACGACAUCGUACCGGAAUUCUAAAUUACUUUGAGGUACGUCUUUGCCGGUAGGGUGGUAACUAGCCAGUAGCCACGGCCGAAGCCUCUCACCAGCUAGACUUGGACCAAUAAGGAAACCUCAAUCGGCCCAGCCAGGGAUCGAGAACCCAGAAUCUCCGUCUUGUAAAUUUACCUCGUACACCACUGCGCCACGGAGGCCAUCUUUGCAGACUAUGAAAAUUAUAAAUUGUAGCAUUUAUAUCUAUUAAAACAAGUUAGUAGGUAACUACCGAGUGAGUUUCUGCCAGAUCUUAUAAAGAAUCUUUCAGAACUGGAGUUAGUCACUACUAUCUAAAUAGUCUUAACUUUUUAAAAGUGCUUAAUGCAUAAUAAAUGCAUUUUAUGCCUCCAUUAUCUUAUACUUUGCUUUUUCUUCUGUUAUAAGAGUCCUAGCAUAAUUUAUGUUCUCAAAAUAAUUCUAGGUCCACCAAUAUUUCAACUGUGACGAAAAAAGGUUAAAGCCGGUUUAAAAGUUAAAUAACGCCUGAUGUAUAAUUAUAGCAAUUUGCUAAAUAACAUAUUUUGCAGUAAAAAUGUCACUGAUCUCUAUUGAAAAUAAUACAUUCCAUUGUCUGGGAUACGUUAUUUGUUUAGUCUUUAAGCUUUGAUAUGUAAUUUUUGAUUUGUUUAUCAAAUACCUAGUUUUAAGAUAAUACUUUCAUCUACUUUACUGUUAUUAGAUAAUGGCUCAACAUAUAGUUAUUACUAUGUAUAGACAGCCUUCCUGAUGAAAAUUUUAUGAUUGAUUAAUCAAUUGAGUAAAAGCUAGCCGUCACGGCAUUCUCUGCAGAUGUGAAAAUAGAUGUUUAUAUUAAAAGCUAACUUUAAGAUGCUACUAACGCCCACACAUCAGGAGAAUUUAAUGAACCAAUAAAAAAUUGUAAGUAUUUAUGAAAGUAGAUUUUUUACCAAAGUUAAAGUGUGUUUAAAUUACGUAUCUUAUACCUAACUAUAGUAAAAUAUGCCAUCCUAAUGCAAUAGAACACAAAUUCUGAACUUAAAUAAAAAGAUUUUACUAUCAUUUUCCAAAAUGUUGUGUAAAAAAAAUCCUAUUGAUUUCAUUAGGAUUCAAAAUUCUAAUUACCUAGGAACUUAAUUAAGUUUAGCAUUUGUGCCCUAUUAGUAUAAUAAGUAUAAUUAGUUUUUUUAUAAUUAUUGUAAGAAAUAUUCUCAUGUGCCUUUUCUUUGUCUUUAAGCUUUGAAUUUUAUAUUGUGAGUGUUUCCUUAAUUCUAGUCCUUUAGUACAUUUCCAAUAUUUAUAUUGUGGUCAACAAUGACUUCGAAAUAAAAGUAUCGUUAUAGUAUCAUUUAUUACUGUUCAAAUUUCCCCUUUCCCCUUAAAAAUAGAUCUUGGUAGGUAACUCAUAAUAUCUUUACGGAACGGAUUCAUUUUAAUAUUAGCAAUAUUUGACCAGAACUAGGUACUAUUAGUCUAAAAUCCCAAUAAAAGGCAAAGUUGGUUAUUGGUUGAAAAGAUAAAACAAUAUGUCAAUAAAUGUAUUGCAAAUUUCAAUUUAGAAUAUGAUUCAUUAUUAACUGAUUUUUCUCAGACUAACCACCUUAAGAAAUUGAAUAAUCUUUAUUUUAAUUUAGAUAACUAUUUAUUUUACUGGGAUCGUAUACUAUAUUAUAUAAUAUAUACCUACCAAUAUUAAUACUAAACAAUUUAUUCCUUUUUGUAUACUUUCGUGUGUAUGAAAAGAUCGUACCAAAGAGCUUAACGUAAAGCUUUAUUCAGAAAUAAUAUUAAAAAUAUAUUUGCCUAUCAUUUCAGUUCUGUUUUUUUUUUAAAUAUAUCUGUAUGUUACAUUAAAACAAAUCAGAACUGAAUAUAUCUAUAUGCAUGCAUUACUUUACUUUAUUAUUGUAGAUUUACAAAAAUACUGUAAACAAUAAAAAAAUAAUUUUGGGUUGGA